CUUUCGACAGUUCCAGCCGUCUGGACUUGCGCCAGAUAACUCUCGCCAUCUUAUCUUAUCCAGAAUGACGUCUGUCUUCCGGAAUGGCCGCAUUUUUGCGCCAUCCCAAUCCUCCGCUGAACCUGGGAGCGAGUUUACCAGUGGAAUGAUCGUUAAGAAUGGCCGGAUUUCCUUUGUUGGAAACCUUGAUGACACUAAGAUCCCUCAUGAUUCAACGAUCAUCGACCUGGAGAACCGCAUUGUCCUCCCUGGAUUCAUCGAUGCCCACGUGCACAUCCUGAAAUAUGGUCAUUCCCUGCAGAAAGUGAAUUUAAUCAACUGCACCUCGCUCGAACAGGUCCGAGAGACGAUCUCCUCAUACGCAAAGGAAAACCCUUCUGUCCCACGCAUUCUGUGCCAGGGCUGGAUCCAGUCUUCAACCAAGGGCAUCGCCCUCGCCAGCAUGCUAGACGAUCUUGAUCCGCGCCCGAUUUUCAUCGACUCGUUUGAUCUCCAUUCGGUGUGGUGCAACUCUGCUGCUCUGGACGAGAUGCAUGUUCACUCGGCCCCCGAACCGCCUGGUGGAACAAUCCACCGGGAUGAAAAUGGGAGAGCGUCGGGGCUCUUAGACGAGUCUGCACUGGUAGACCUCGUGUGGCCCCAUCUCGAGAGCACCUACACGGCGCAGGAUAAAGCAGCCGCGUUGCAAGCGGCUGUCACUUCUUAUACGGCGUCUGGCUACACUGGCGUCGUGGACAUGGCUAUGAACGAACAUACGUGGGAGCUACUUGACCAGUUCCGCCGUGAUAAACAGUUUCCAUUCCAUAUUGCAGCACACUGGCUCGUGCCAUUUUCAGAAAACCAGCAAACCAACCUCCAGCACGUGGAUCGAGCAAUCCACCUCCGACAGAAAUUCAAGGACUCAGCGUUCUGCAUUGCGGGAAUCAAGCUCAUCUGCGAUGGGACGGCUGAUGGGUGCACAGCAGCUUUGUCCCACCCGUACAAUGGCAGGUCGCACGCAGGCGACCCCAUCUGGCCAACAGACAUGCUACGCGAGGUAGCCCAGCGCGCGGACUCGGCGGGGCUCCAGUGCGCCAUCCACGCCAUCGGCGACAAGGCCAUCAACCAAGCAAUCAACGUCCUCUCUGAAGUCGGCACUCCAGGCCGCAGACACAGAAUCGAGCAUCUCGAGCUGGCCAACUCGGAAGACGCAAAGCGCCUAGGCCAACUGGGCAUCACUGCCUCCGUGCAGCCCGUCCACUCCGACCCCGCCCUCUUCAAGGCAUGGCCCAGCCUGAUCGGCCCCGAGCGCUGUAAGCGCGCAUUUGCAUACAAGGAGUUUCUGGAUGGGGGUGCGCCGCUUGCAAUCGGAACAGAUGCCCCGACAGCGCGUCACUUUCCCUUUCCCAACCUCUACAAUGCGACCACGAGGCGCUCGGCGCUCGAGCCGGAGACGGGACAUACAGUGAACCCGGAGUUUGCCAUUAGUCUGGUAGAGGGUAUGACGGCUGCUACCAAGGGCGCGGCCUACGCGCGGUUCGCGGACUCGUGGACUGGCGCGCUGAGGCCGGGGUUGAGUGCUGAUUUUGUUGUUGUGGAUAUGCAUUGGGCGCCGGAUAGACUUCUUGAGGCGGUCGUUUGCCAGACGUGGUACCAGGGGCGGAUGGUGUAUGAUAUGAAGGAUGCCUCGACGGCCUAG